AUGCGUAACCAGCAGGGAGCGCCGCGGAUCUUACAGACUAAGGUUUGCGGCCGAGUAAGGAGGGUUAUGAAUCCCGCCAAGGAAUCGCCCGCCGCCGCGCAUAAAUCGCCGGUGGCGACAGCCGGCAGCGCCGAGUACAUCGCAGCCAAAAAGCGGCUCAGCGAGCAGAGCAGGGCGAAGUCCGCCUCGCCGAGCGGUGGGAGCUCGAGCGCUGCUGCGCCGUCCUCGCGCUUCUUCUGCGAGUGGGCCUUCAUCUGCUGGGCCCUGCCGCUGAGCGCGCUGAGCGGCGAGGGCGCCGCGCACAGACGGAGGAGGGGCGCCAAAGCCACCGCGCUGAUCGAGAGCGAGCUGGGCGACGCCGAGCUGCUGCGCCUCCUCUUCGACGUGCCAGAGUACUGCGCGCGGCGGGAGGGCGAGCUGGGGCUGCGGCUGCCGUACUACGAGCAGGCCGAGGCGUACUGGCGCGUGGUGCACCGGCUAGUCUCCGACUACUUCGACCUCUGGUUCCCCACGCCCGAGGCGGCGGCAGCCGACGCCGAGCUGCGCUGCUGGCUCGAGGCGCUCGUCGGCGAGCUCGUGCACACGGCGCCGCUGCUGCCCGCGCUGCGCGGGUUCGGGCAGGCGGAGCUGCGCGCCUUCGCCAUCGACGCCGUCACGCGGUGUGUGUUCGAGGUCACCGCGCACCACGAGCACUACGGCGGCGUCGCCGUCUACGCGCAGGAUGUGCGCUUCUGCUCCUUUGCGUGGCCGGUCGGCGAGCAGUGCGGCACAAAGAUCACCGCCGUCACGCAGGCGGCCCGCGACACGCCUCGACACGCGCCCACAUGCUGCCCCCGGCACCACUUCUUGCUGCCACCCCCCCCGCCCGGCCUCGACGCCUUCUCGCUCGACAGCUUCUUGCGCGCCCCGAGCGACGAAGCGAUGCCGCGGCUCGAGGAGGCGUGCCGGCGCUUCGAGGAAGGCACGCUCUCGCUGGUGCGCCGGUGCGACGAGUUUGUGGCGCAGGCGGACCGCCGCCCCGCCCCCUGGAAUCACGGCCUGUGGUCCUUCAACCCGAGGUACUUUGAGGCGUCGGUCAGCGUGUGA